AUGUCUGCUGAAGACCAACCCAUAUCUCGUUUACCCGUCGAAAUUCUCUGUCAAAUUUUCGAUGAAUACCGACAACUGCACGUAGACUACGAACCACACUGGGAGUGCUACUCGAGGUGGACAAACAUAACGAGCGUCUGUCGAUCCUGGAGAAAUGUGGCAAUUGGCUGCCCCAGCCUCUGGACAUACAUUCUAGAGAGUUAUUUCUCUCCCCCUCGAUGGGCUGCAGUUCACUUCGAACGAGCAGGUCCAUCUGCACCUUUGCACAUACGCUGGGAAGGGUAUGGACGCGAAUUUAAUGCGUCCCCUCUCACUAGCCUCGUCCCUACGAACUUACAUCGAAUACAAGUACUUGAACUGGAAGACGUAGAGUCUCAUCCAGGCGACCCACAGCUUCAAACCCUUUCCUCCCGCUUCGCACCUCUCCUCCGGUCCCUUUCGAUUUCUUGUAACGGCAGAAUAUUUAUCCUUCCUGAUGACAUCCUCAGUGCAGGCACACCAAUCCUGCAGAAAUUGGUUCUCAAUUCCUGCAUCGUAAAACCCACCGCUAUCUCGCUGCUCCGAGGCAUCACCACCCUCGAGCUAUCAUCCCUCUUUCCUGAUGACGAGAGUCCUUGCCCCUGCAUUCAAGACAUCCUCGAGCAGAUGCCUAAGCUGGCUUAUCUCAAGCUCCGACUCAUAAGCGCUCCCGAACUCUUCGACUCGAAGUCGGUCCGAGACGCUGUUCCCCUCCCGUCACUCCAAAAGCUGGUAUGCUGGCAAGCAGAUUUCGAAACCUGCAAAGCAUUGGUCAAAGCGAUAGCCGUCCCUCCCUCGGCCAACGUGACCAUCGUCUGUGUUGAUGGGAAUUUUUACUCCUCACACAUACCAAGUAUGACUGGGUUUCGUCCUCAGUGGAUUCCUCCUCCCCAGAUGUCCAACAACCCCUCGACUAUUCAUCCGUAUCCACAAAGUCUGCAUUUCCGGUCAACGUCGUCCCGGACAGCACUUGUCCUCUGGGACGCAUUCGUACGACUUUCAGCCAACGUAUCCAACGAGGACAAGUACCCCCUUGGUCGCUUCUUCACCGUAUUCCGAAUGGAGGCGCCGGCAGGAUGUCCCUUUCGAUUGCAACUCCACGAGGCGUCCCGGAUUCUCCGCGCGCAAAGUCUAGGGGGCAUACGCAGUAUGGACUUUGGGUGGGAGUGGAAAGAGAAUGACGAUACGUGUGCCCGUCUAAUUGGUGUUUGGGAAAGGUUGGCAAGCCUAGAGGAACUCGCGUUGGCUCGGACCGAAGCAUUGGACGUGUUUCUGUCCAGCUACCAGCAUUGUCCCCCCUCAACCCUCCCUAAACUCAAGACGAUUAGAGUGUGGAGGACGAAGUUUGCGCGAAAAUCAGACGAAGAACAAGAUCGUAUGACGGGCCUCCUGCAGAUGGUCGGGUCGCGAUUCCGGUCGGGUCAGAAGAUUGAGGAGCUGCUAUUGGGUUUGUGUUCUGGAGUUACGCAGAAGGACCUGGAUCGACUGGGAGAAAAUGUUUCCUACGUGCAUACCAUGUGA